UUCUAUACAGAGCUACAAUUAAUUAUGGAACAAGGUGGAUUCUUUAGGCUGACCUUGUUGUUCGUCUUGGCUAGUCACAAUGCAAUGGCAACAAGCAACAAAGGCUUGUGCUCUUCAGCUUUUGAUUACAAAGAUGCACUUGGCAAAGCCAUUAUGUUUUUUGAAGGGCAGCGGUCAGGGAAGUUGCCGUUAAGCCAGAGGGUAAAGUGGAGGGGAGACUCUGCACUCUCCGAUGGCAUGGCUGAUAAUGUUAAUCUGAUAGGAGGGUAUUAUGAUGCUGGAGACAAUGUGAAGUUUGGAUGGCCCAUGGCAUUUGCUGUGAGCUUGUUGAGUUGGACGGCCGUUGAGUACCCGAAAGAGAUCUCCUUGAUCAAGCAGCUUGGCUACCUGCGAAGAGCAAUUCGAUGGGGAUCAAAUUUCAUAUUAAGGGCUCACACUUCACCCACCACACUGUAUACUCAGGUGGGGGAUGGAAAUGCGGAUCAUCAGUGUUGGGAGAGGCCUGAAGACAUGGACACUCCUCGAACACUUUACAUGAUAACUUCUGCUUCACCAGGCACUGAGGCAGCAGCUGAGGCUGCUGCCGCUCUCUCUGCUGCUUCAAUUGUUUUCAAAGCCGUUGAUUACAACUACUCUUCCAGGCUUUUAACUCAUUCCAAACAGCUAUUCGACUUUGCGGACAAGUAUAGGGGAUCGUACCAGGAUUCUUGCCCUUUCUACUGCUCUUUCUCAGGCUACCAGGAUGAAUUAUUAUGGGCUGCGGCUUGGCUAUACAAGGCAACUGGUGAUAACAAGUACUUGAACUAUGUUUUGAGCAACCAAGGAUGGAGUCAGGCAGUGGCCGAGUUCAGUUGGGACAAUAAAUUUGCUGGAGCUCAGAUGUUAUUAGCUAAGGAAUUUUACAAUGGAAAGAAGAAUUUGUCAAAGUUUAAGACGGACAUGGAGUCAUUUGUGUGUGCAUUGAUGCCAGGAAGUAGCUCUUUGCAGAUUAAAACGACUCCCGGUGGGCUUUUAUAUAUUAGAGAUACCAGUAAUUUACAAUAUGUCACAAGCUCUUCCAUGCUGCUAUUUCUCUACUCCAAAACCUUGAAUGAGGCUCAUAUAGGAAGACUUCAAUGUGGUUCCCUGCUUUUAUCUCCCACUAAACUCCGUGCCUUCGCAAAAUCACAGGUAGAUUAUAUACUUGGAAACAACCCCAUGAAGAUGUCAUAUAUGGCAGGCCACGGCAGCAAUUUUCCACUGCAGGUGCACCACAGAGGUGCAUCCAUUCCGUCAAUCCGAGUUCUCCGAGGAAAAGUCGGUUGCCACGACGGCUACUCAAGCUAUUACAAUUCUGCGAAGCCAAAUCCAAAUGUUCAUGUGGGUGCCAUUUUUGGCGGUCCGGAUUCAAAUGACCAGUUCAAUGAUGCAAGAUCAGACUACUCCCAUGCUGAGCCUGCAACUUACAUGAAUGCUGCUUUUGUUGGCUCUGUGGCCGCUUUGCUUUCUCCAACCGAACAAACAUGUGUGCCAUUCUAGCAGGCUAACAAAAAGAUCCCGAUCAUCUGGGGAGUCUGGCUAGAAGCAAAAGUGAUAUCUUAUCGUCACUGCAAAAACUAUAUGUAUUGAAGAAAUAAAGCUGGAGCUUCUCAAAGUUGUUUAUGCCUUAAUUUGCCUUUGGCAAGGACUAAGGUGGAGUAUUAUCAUUUGUUUCUAAAGAUAUUAGUAUUAU